AUGGUUAAUGAUCGCUGUGUAGUUGGUAUUUGCAAUAACGAUAAACGUUAUCCAGAGCGUUACGAAAUACAUAGUAACGUUAAAUCUGGAAAAUUAUGUUUCCACAAGUUGCCUGUUGAUGGAAAAACAAGAAAAUCAUGGAUUCAUGCAGUUUCUAAAGGGCGAAAACACUUUGUUGUAUCUAAACAUUUUAAAAUCUGCUCUAAUCAUUUUGUCGAUGGCAUGCCUACUUAUGAAAAUCCUAAACCAACACUCUUUUUGACAUACACCAUGAAUGUUCAAUGUACUCCGGAAAAAAAACAAUCAAGACCUCCUCCAAAAAUCAGAACAACACCUAUUGUAAAACCUGUUUCUUCAAAAAUGAUUGAAUCUAUUAACUCUAACUCGGAUACACUUACAGCUGAAGAGUUGUCAGAUCUUAUGAUUGUUUCUUCAGACGAAGAAAGCUUAAUAUCGUUCAAAAUAACUCCAUAUGUUAGUGGCGAUGCAGUUGCAGCAGAAUUAUUACACAUCUCCGACUCUCCCAAAGAAUUAUUACACCCACCCGCCUCUCCCAAAGAAAAAGACACUGUAAAUCCAAUUUUGUCUAAGAAUAAAACAGGCUACAGUGUUAAAAAUAAUAUAGAGCCUACUCUAUUAUCAACAUAUAUUGAUUUACAGUUUUCUCGUAUUACUAGGGACUCAGAUGUAUCGACUUUUACAGGUUUACAAAAUGCAAAAAUGUUUCAAAGUGUUUUCUAUUAUGUCAAGCACAAAGCAGCAGUUAUGAAAUACUGGGAUGGAAAUAAAAGAACAAAUCGAUUACGAAAAACCAUGUCCAGUGUUGAAUCUGUCGAGCAGCUACACUUAUCAGAAGAUUAUACUAUUUGCGAUAACUUAUUUCCUAUGAGAAAAAGCGGACCUAAAAGAAAAAUUUCACUGGAACAGGAAUUUCUUUUAAUUAUGAUGAGAUUACGUUUGGGUCUUUUAAUUGAAGAUUUAGCUUUCCGCUUUUGUAUAUCAGCUGGAACAGUUUCCCAAAUUAUUAUUACAUGGGUAAUAUUGUUAUCUAAAGAGUUGGACAGCCUAAUUUUGUGGCCUAGCCGGAAUACAAUUCGAGCAACUAUGCCAAACUGUUUUAAGCGAUUAUAUCCAAAAGUGAGAACAAUUAUAGAUUGUUCUGAAAUAUUUUUUGAAACAUCAAGUGCUCUUGAUGUUCAAGCUUGUAUGUGGAGUGACUAUAAACAUCAUGCAACAGUCAAAUUCUUAAUAGCAAUAACUCCGAAUGGAGCCAUUUCAUGGCUGUCUCCCCUUUAUGGUGGACGUGCUUCUGACAUUUUUAUUGUCAGAAAUAGUGGUUUUCUUGAUAUACUUGAGCCCUAUGACCAAGUUAUGGCAGAUCGUGGCUUUAAAAUAAGGACAGACCUUGCAUAUAAACAGUGUACUCUUUGUAUACCUCCAAGUGCUGUUAAAGGAAUUCAAAUGUCAAAAGAAGAAGUUCGAGAAACAUCAAACAUUGCUAAUGUACGUAUUUAUGUGGAGCAAGCAAUAAAAAGGAUUAAACAUUUCCGUAUUUUAAAAAUAACACAGCCAUUACUAUACCUACCUAUCAUGAAUAAUAUACUACGCGUAUGUGCUGCUAUAUCAAACUUGAGAAAACCAUUAGUUUCUAAAUAG